AUGGCAUCUCUCCGCCUCCCCGCGCAGAUGGCGCGCACCGCGGUCGCCGGCCCCAGCCGGUGGGUGCAGGCGUCGUCUUUCGCCACCUCCUCGCGCGUCGGGCUGGACUUCACCGCUCCGGCCCGCUCCUCGGGUAAGAACCUGGCCCGUCAGAACCGCAAGAUCGCGGCGCAGCAGGGCGUGGUCGGCAUGGCGACCAUCCCGUCGGCGGACGCGACGCCCGUCGAGACGGUGCGGUGGCACCCUCUCCCGACCGACCUGUACCGCAACGCGGCGGGCAUUGCGGACCGCGCGCCGACGCACACUCUGCACGUGAUGAGCACGCGCAACAACACGCUCCUGACGUUCUGCGACGCCCUCGGGCCAAUGUUCCGCACCACGUCGGGCGGCACGGACAAGGUGUUCCGCAAGACGUCGCGCCAGAGCUACGAGGCCGCGCACCAGGCCGCCCUCAAGACGUUUGCGCUCAUCACAGCCACGGCGCGCGCCCUCCGCGAACAGCGCGCAGACCGCAUGGCCAUCCAGGUCGCGUACCGCGGCAUGGAGGGCCUCGGCCGCGACGCCGUCCACUCGGCCCUCGGCGGCGCCGACGGCGCCGAGGUCCGCCAGCUCGUCGUGCGCAUCGAGGACCGCACGCACAUCAAGAUUGGCGGUACCAGGGCCAGGAAGCCCCGUAGGGUGUAG